ACUCGCUCGCUGACAUAUAGUGAGAGAGAGAGAGAGAGAGAGAGAGAGAGAGAGGAGAAUGAGCUUUUGUUGUGUAUAGUAGCAGGAAGUGAACAAAAAGGGGGGAUUUUUUUUUUAUUUUCUGUCCAUCACCUUCUUUCCUGGAGGAGUUCUCCAAGAAGCAGAGAAGCAUUACCGCAAUGGGGAAGCCGAGCUCGAGCUGGUUCAGAGCAGCUUCAGGCUCGGGCAUGGCGUCGGUGGGCUUCACUGGAGUGGUGGCGAUGCUGCUCAUGGCCACAGCGUUCUUGGGGGUCACUGCCGACACUAGCUCAGACGACGUGACUGCCCUAAACACGUUCUACACAAGUCUGAACUCGCCCUCGCAGCUGACAAACUGGGUGGCGCAGAACGGCGACCCUUGUGGCCAGUCUUGGCUUGGGAUCACUUGCUCUGGAUCAAGGGUGAUAACAAUAAAAUUACCCGGUAUGGGGCUCAAGGGGACCUUGGGGUACAACAUGAACGUCAUGACUGCACUGGUUGAGCUUGAUGCUAGCAAUAACAAUCUUGGAGGAGGUGAUAUCCCUUAUAAUCUCCCUCCAAAUCUUGAGAGGCUAAAUCUUGAGAACAAUAGCUUCACUGGGACUUUGCCUUACUCCAUUUCCCAAAUGGCCUCACUGAAGUAUCUAAAUCUUGGACAUAAUCAGCUUUCAAGCAUCAAUGUUAUGUUCAACCAACUCACCAACUUGGCUACAUUGGACCUCUCUGACAACACCUUCUCUGGCACUCUGCCAGACAGCUUCAGCAACUUGACAAGUCUGACCAUGCUUCAUUUGCAGGAUAAUCGGUUUACCGGUACCAUAGAUGUCCUAUCUGAUCUCCCUCUAACUGACCUCAACGUUCAAAACAAUCAAUUAAGUGGAGCAAUUCCUGAUAAGCUAAAAGGCAUAAGUAAUCUGCAGAUAAGUGGGAACUCCUUUAGCAACAGUCCAGUCAGUCCUGCACCAUCAUCUCCACCAUCCACUACUUCACAAUCCCCGCCACGACAGCCUUCUACCAGAAAUCCUCGUAACCGUAACAGAAAUCCACCAAUUGGAAGCAAUGGUGAUAACGGUGGCAAUGGCGAUGGCAGUGGCGGUGACGGUGGAGGCAGAAGUUCUAAGAUAGGAGGUGGGGCUGUUGCUGGGAUUGUCAUAUCUUUGGUGGUUCUUGGAGCAAUGGUUGGAUUCUUUGUGUUCAAGAGAAAGUCAACGAGGCAUCAACAUGGAGGAGAUCCUGAGAAGAAUGAACCUCUCACUCUUAGACCAAUUGCUUCAGGAAAAUUCAAUCAGCUGAGAACAAUAAGCAUCAUAUCACCAACUGCAAAGGAAGGAUUGCAGAAGACUGUCUCAAUGAACCUGAAACCGCCAUCGAAAAUCGAUUUGCACAAGUCCUUUGACGAAAAUGAUCUCACAAACAAGCCUGUUUUGGCAAAGAAUGUAGACCUUUCUUCCAUCAGAGCAACUGCGUACACUGUGGCAGACCUGCAGAUGGCAACGGAGAGCUUCAGUGCUGACAAUCUUAUCGGUGAAGGCUCUUUUGGCCGGGUUUACAGAGCAGAGAUCUCAGAUGAGUCAGAUCAUAAGGUACUGGCUGUGAAGAAAAUCAAUGUAUCUGCCUUUCCAAGCAAACCAUCCGAUUUCUUUAUUGAUUUGGUAGCAAAGAUUUCAAAAUUAAACCAUCCAAACCUCUCAGAGCUUGACGGCUACUGCUUGGAGCAUGGACAGUAUUUGCUGGCAUAUGAAUUUUACAGAAACGGUUCUCUUCAUGACUUCCUUCACCUGUCUGAUGGAUACAGCAAACCACUGUCUUGGAAUAGCCGUGUCAAGAUUGCAUUAGGAUCUGCAAGGGCAUUAGAGUAUAUGCACGAAACUUGCUCACCGUCUAUCAUCCACAAGAAUUUCAAGUCAUCUAACAUACUGUUGGAUAAUGAGCUUAACCCCCAUGUUUCAGAUUGUGGGUUUGCAGAGCUUAUUCCCAACCAGGAACUCCAGGAAUCAGAUGAGAACUCAGGAUAUAGAGCUCCCGAGGUGACCAUGUCUGGACAGUACUCUCAAAAGAGUGAUGUGUACAGUUUUGGAGUCGUCAUGCUAGAGCUCCUGACUGGCAGGAAAGCAUUUGACAGAUCCCAACCAUGGCCACAGCAGUCGCUAGUCCGAUGGGCUUCUCCGCAGCUUCAUGACAUCGAUGCGUUAGAUCAGAUGGUAGAUCCAGCACUGGAAGGACUGUACCCUGCAAAAUCCCUCUCUCGAUUCGCCGACGCAAUCGCGCUCUGUGUCCAGCCUGAGCCGGAAUUCAGGCCACCGAUGUCGGAGGUCGUCCAGUCCUUAGUCCGGCUCGUGCAGAGGUCAAGCAUGGGGUCAGUCCUCAGUGGUGGCGAGAGCAUUUCGCGACGAUACGACAACUCCGGUGACUACACAUUCUAGGGUGAAAAAGAAAAAAAAAUGCUUGCAUGUUUUUGUCAGUAGUUUUUUGUGACAGCUACAGAAGUUACAGAUGUUGCAGUUUGCUCAGCUACACAGUGAUUUGUAGUACUGAUAAGCCGUUGUCAUGUAACCUGUAAAAGUAUGCCUUUGGACUGCCAAACUCUGUUUUUGUUUGUGAAUAACAAUGGCAACCCCUGCCCUGGUGGUGAUGCUUUAUACAUUCUGGUUUUCUUA